CACAGCGUGACAGUAUAUAAAAGGUCAUUGGGAGCACCGGGAUGGUCACUGCAGUCGACUCCAGUCUUGUCUGUGUCAUCUGUACCCUACAAAGCAAAAGGCACAACCGAGAUCAAAAUGGCUUUCGCAGGUGUACUGAAUGAUGCUGACAUUACUAAAGCCCUGGAUGAGUGCAAAGGCGCGGACUCAUUCGACUACAAGAAAUUCUUCAAGACUUGCGGUCUGGCCGGAAAGAGCGCCGACGAUGUCAAGAAGGCCUUCGCCAUCAUUGACCAGGACAAGAGUGGCUUCAUUGAGGAGGAAGAGCUGAAGCUGUUUCUGCAGAACUUCAGCGGAGGUGCCCGUGCACUGACCGACGGUGAGACCAAGGUUUUCCUCAAAGCCGGUGACAGCGACGGAGAUGGCAAGAUUGGCGCUGAUGAGUUCGCUGCUUUGGUAAAGGCAUAAAGAUGGCAACAUGACCAACAACACAUGCUCUGAUGGAACAACAAUGCCCACAUCGACCUCCCCCCUUUUCAUCUGAAUAUAAAUAAUUUUUAUACAUUUGCUUAAGGGACAUUUCCUCCUCUAUGCAACACACUGUCCAAAAGGUGAUGAUUGUGAAUGUCGCUCGGUUGUGUUCAUGUCUUAAAUAUGAAUUUUGCUAACUGUAAAAUCUAUAAUGCACUUUCCAGGAACUAAAAGUAAAA